UUACCCUGCAUUCCAGCGGCCAAUCGCCCGCCCCUAAUGCAUUGCGCAGUAGCCUCAGUUCACAAGCUGACGUUCUGUCUCGUGGACGAGGCCUUUUAACUCAGUCACAUACUCCAGUGAGGAUGGUAUCUUCAACACUUCCUCCACGGAGUUUUCCGGCCCUCUUCGUCCGUGGCGGCACCACCACGGGGCUCGUCAUCAUGCGUGACGCCCUGCCGCAGGAUCAAGAACAGUGGAACACUGUUCUGCCCUCCGCAAUGGGAAGCCCCGACCCGGUGCACGCGCGACAGCUCAACGGCAUGGGGGGCGGCACUUCGUCGACGUCCAAGAUCUGCGUACUCUCCAGGUCGGAGCGGCCGGACGUCGACGUCGACUUUACCUUUGUCCAGGUCGGCAUCAAGGAUGGCGUGCUGGACCUCGCGAGCAACUGUGGGAACAUGAGCUCUGCUGUCGGGCCGGUGGCUUGGGAUGAAGGGCUGGUCGGGGACACGCCGGCCAAGGUGAAGCAGGACCUGACGGGCCAAGACCGAGACCCAGACCAAGAAGAUUAUCGGGAAGCGACGGUGCGGUUCUUCAACACCAACACGUCCAAGGUGGUGCACUCGCGCUUCAGAGUCAGCGGCGACCCGCCACGGUACUGUCCCGAGGGCGACUAUGCGAUGGACGGUGUCCCGGGCACACAGUCAUGCAUCACCCUGAGCUUUCUGGACCCGGCCGGCGCCAAGACGGGAAAGGCCCUGCCCACGGGCAAUGCGGUGGAUAUACUCGAGUUGCCAGGCGGCGCGGGGAGCAUACCGGCCUCGCUGGUCGACGUAUCCAAUCCAGGCGUUUUUGUUCGGGUCAGUGAUCUGGAGGUCGGGCAGGAUGUGACGGCCCAAAAGUUCACACCGGCUGUCGUUGAUGCCGAUGCGAAGCUCAAGGCGAGGCUCGAAGCUAUUCGGCAGGCUGGCGCGACGAGGAUGGGCCUCGAUCCAAAGACCGAGAGCGUGCCAAAGAUUGUCCUUCUGUUCGACGAGACUGCAGACGAUGGAGUCGACGUGCAAUGCCUGGCACUUUCCAUGGGCCAGCCGCACAAGGACGUCCCCUUGACAUUGGCGCUCUGCUUGGGUGCGGCGGCAAAUAUUCCGGGUACUCUGGCAGCCGAGGUCCGCCGCCGGCGAGAUGACGACAAAGGUAGCAGCAGCUCCGUCGUCAUCGGCCACCCGAGCGGGAGAGUCGAGAUUAGUACGACAGUCGAGAACGGCAAGAUUGUGUCUGCAGACCUGCUGCGCACGGCACGAGUCCUCAUGAAGGGGGAAGUCUACUACUAGAUCACUUGGCUUGCCCGACAGGUGGCUGUGCGACCACGGCUACUUGGAUGAUUGCGGCACAAAGGGAGCAGGAAAGCUGCCGGCUUUACUCGAUGUCAAAGCAUCUCGGCUUGUGCUGUGGGAAUACCUCACUGCACCAUACCACCAAUGGGAAGCAGCUGCCUCAACAGCAAGUCAAAAGGCCAGAGCUGCAGUGGGGGAAAGAGCCUGUGGCAGUCGUGCGUGUGGAUGACUACUCAGGGCACGACGGAUAAGCAAUAGACACAAAGCUUGAUGGAACGAGUCUGACUA